CAGCUGGGACUUUCGCAAGUGCUGUACGCAUGGAAGCCUUACGUUUGCGGUUCUGUCGAUGGGAGUGGCUUGAGGAGGCUUGGAACAUGUUGUGUCCGUGGAUAUUUUGGGACUCACGGGAGUAAAACGCUACCUCCAGAUACUUCACUUGCAGUUCGUACCAUCACAAAGCGAACUCACUCGGAGAGAAGGUUGUCAACCGUUGCGGUCAUGUCUCGCCGAGGAAAAGAAUGGAAUGAUGAGAGCUCGUUUUGGAGGUGGGCACAGGAUGUGAACCGCUCUGCACCCUUCUCAACUCUACACAGCCUUUUGAUGACGUCGUGAAGUCUGCUCAAGAUUCUUUUCUGUGCCACAAGCGACUGAUAGAGUGGGAUCAGGAGUUACAGGUCUACAAAAAUAAGUCCAUUAGGAAAAGCAGCGUUUGGCAGUUCGCUCAGCCCGGAAGAAUUCUUGGUUGUCUUUGAGGAUCUUGCUAAAGCCCGUGAUAGUUUUGUUUUAGCGUCGGAUUUGCACCUUGUUUACGAGGUUACUCCUAUUCACAUGGAGCUUGAACCGGACUGGGGAGUUUACUGUCAAAGAUUUGUCGAAUUGACCUAUGUCGAUCAGGCAGUUGCUAGAGUUGGGGUGACCGAGGCAUCCCUGAUGCGCAUGGCUCAUGGAGCACCAAUGCAGGGCCGUAAAAGGAGUCUAAAAGCUAGUGAGAAGGCUAGCGAGGCGAAUCAAAACUUGCGUGUGUACAGACGCUUUUUUGUGGCUCUUAUAUUGUCCAAGCUUGUUCAGGCUGCGCGAGCUAGAUGUUUAUACAAAGCGGGCGUACGAACAGUUGAAGUUGUAGCUGAGGCUACAAUUCCUGAACUUGCAAACGCACUGUGCGAUUCUUCAUUCAAAGAACAUGCAGCAGUGGAUGUAUGGUGCAGCGGCAAAGAAAAUAGUAAACGGAGCAGGGAGAAUUGUCCUAGAUCGAGCAGAAGAGGCCCGAAUAGCUACUUUCUCUUGGAGCAACGAUUCCGCAUUCUCGGCCUUUCAAGCUCUUGGAGCAACGAUUCCGCAUUCGCUGUCGCAGUCUUUGGAUUACUUUCUCGGCCCGAAUAGCUACUUUCUCUUGGAGCAACGAUUCUGCAUUCUCGGCCUUUCAAGCUCUUGGAGCAACGAUUCCGCAUUCGCUGUCGCAGUGUUGAGAGGCCUCAGGCUGAGACAGACGAGAUGGCCAUAUCUCCAAAGCAAGAUGAGGGCAAGGCCGACGUUCAUAGCACUGACAAGGAAAACCGAGCAGUAAUUAUGCAAGAAAAUGGUAACCAUGGCGGAAAAGAAGGCCAAGGACCCGAUCUUGCCGCUGUCACAUCUUAAAUCUGGAAACAAGGUCUUGAUACAUGCCCAGGCCAAUAAGACUGCUUCCCGAUUUCAGGACCAGUGGAAAAUUCUUGUUGUGAACAUCAUCUUUAAUUCAAAAAAAGUGGUACUUCGAUCUAAUACUAUUAAUAAAUUUUACACCAAACA